UUCCCACCCAAGAAAACAAACCAAGCCCAUCUCGCCUCGUAGCGCAAGUUAGCACUGCAUCCGUUGAAAUAAAUACUAGUGGUGUGCUUUUGAAUUGAAUAGUGCGCCGGGAAUAGACGCCACCUCCGAGAAGCGGGAUUUGCUGCUGCUUAGGGCUCUCUAUUGCAAAACAAAGGUAGAAGACGAGAGAGAGAGAGAGAGAGAGAGAGAGAGAGAGAGAGAGAGAGGUGCAUGUUAAGAGGAGGAGGAGAGAUGGUGAAUACCCGGUGCUUUUUAGACAUCAGCAUCGGUGGCGAGCUGGAAGGUCGGAUAGUCGUGGAGCUCUACAGUGACGCAGUGCCCAAAACGGCCGAAAAUUUCAGGGCUCUUUGUACGGGCGAGAAGGGUAUUGGCCCCAACACCGGCUUUCCCCUCCAUUACAAGGGCGUCUGCUUUCAUCGUGUUAUCAAAGGUUUCAUGAUACAAGGCGGUGACAUAUCUGCUGGUGAUGGCACAGGGGGAGAGUCUAUCUAUGGGUUGAAAUUCGAGGAUGAGAAUUUCGAAUUAAAACAUGAAAGGAAAGGAAUGCUAUCAAUGGCUAAUUCUGGAACUGAUACCAAUGGGUCUCAGUUUUUUAUUACUACUACUCGGAUGUCUCAUCUUGAUGGGAAGCAUGUUGUGUUUGGAAAGGUAAUUAAAGGCAUGGGAGUGGUCCGUUCCAUUGAGCAUGUUCCCAUUGGCGCUGGUGACUCUCCCACUGUUGAUGUUGUGGUCGUGGAUUGUGGAGAAAUUCCUGAAGGGGGUGAUGAUGGCAUCUCCAAUUUCUUCAAAGACAGUGAUAUGUAUCCUGAUUGGCCUACUGACCUUGAUGAGAAGCCGAUUGAGAUUUCUUGGUGGAUAGAUGCUGUUGAGGCUGUUAAAACUUAUGGAAAUGAGCACUACAAGAAACAGGACUUUAAGAUGGCACUCAGAAAGUAUCGGAAGGCUUUGCGCUACUUGGAUGUUUGCUGGGAGAAAGAAGAGAUAGACGAGGAGAAGAGUUCUCAAUUGAGGAAGACAAAGUCACAGAUUUUUACAAAUAGUUCUGCAUGUAAGCUGAAAUUAGGAGAUUUGAAAGGGGCGUUGUUGGACACUGACUUUGCAAUGCGGGAAGGAGAGGGUAAUGCAAAGGCGUUGUUUCGCCAAGGUCAGGCCCACAUGGCACUUAAUGAUGUAGAUGCUGCAGUUGAAAGCUUCAAGAAGGCAUUAGAGUUAGAGCCAAAUGACGGGGGGAUUAAAAAGGAGCUUGCUGCUGUGAAGAAGAAGAUAGCUGAUAGACGCGAUCAGGAGAGAAAAGCCUAUUCCAGAAUGUUCCAAUAAGCAUCCGAGGAGCUCCUCUGGGCGUGCAGGCUGAUUAUUCGAAAGCAUUGAUGCAUCAAAAUCCUAAAUCUAUAUCCAUGGUCAACUGGUUCAGGCUUUUUCUGAGGCAGGCAUCAAUUAGCUUUAGCAGAGUCCAGGUUUUGCCGUUUUAGAAGGGCGAAGGAAGAAUUCCAGAUCCCACGAGCUCUAGAAAUAUACUCAGUAAUGCUUGAACUAACUUUUGUUCUGAACAUUUGUCAUUUUGAAAACCUUUUCUACAGACAGCUGAACAUGUAUUUUAUCAUCCGAAAACCCUCCUUAACUUACGAACAAGGAAAUUUCUUAUUUGAUGUAGAAUGGAUGGUUUCUUCUUCUUGGCUA